AUGCACCCGUUCGCUUCGUAUGUGUUACGUAGCUACUACCGUGCUACAGGGUGGAAUGAAGACAACAUGUAUGCCAACCUCACACGAUCGUCCAACGCCAUUUUAGAUUUCAAUGUUCCCCAGGGUCUUCAUUUUUCAAUAUCCAAGUCUCCUAAUUCACUCUUUAAGACGACGUACUCGAUGAAUGCCUUGCCGUCAUUGAACGGCUCCGUAGGAUACAUCUUCACGUCUUGUCCACUAGAUGUGAAAGGAUCAGGAAACGUGCGCUUCAAGGAUAUGACUGAUCAUUUCAAGGUCUACGACCAGCCUCGGAGACCGGAGGGGAAGGAGGAGGAAUGGCUUGCAGGUGAGCGAGUGGACACUCGCGAUUAUCUCUUAUAUGGGAGAGUUUAUAUUCCCACCGGUAGACUUGAUGCCCUCUAUUCUACUAGGCUGUCCCCAACUUUCCAAGCUAUGGUCGCCGCUAUUUCUGAUCCACGGUCGAGUCUAUCUGCCGAACCUAUUCGUGGUGCAAAUGCACCUUCAAGUAAUAUCAUGUUCAGCUUGCAACAUGAUACAGGCAAGUGGUGCACAGAGUACACGUGGAGCGCAGAGGAUGGAAUGUGGGGCGUACGCUGCCUGCAUAAUUUCGGAAAGGUGGAGGGCUCUAAUGACACUGCGGACGACGGCGAGAAAUCGACGUCUGCCUCAGCCAGGAUUGACUCAAAGUUGAAGAGAAUCGAUGAGGAGGAUGCGAUGGAAGGAGGGUUGAAGGGCCGUGUCUCUGCUGGUGCUGAAUUUUAUUUCAGUGCUAAGGAGAAGAGUGCUGGAGGCAUGUUUCAAAAAGUCCCGGUUUUUGCUCGCAUUAACAUCUUUCGAGCAGUAUCCACCGGAAUUCGGUUUACAACUCUACCCGACGCGACACCGCCAUCCCUACAAACGCCGUCGCUAUCUCCAACAUCAACACCGCCCGUACAUUUACCACCAUCUCAACCACCGACCACAAUCACCGCGUUGUUCAACCCCAUGCUUGGUCAUAUCUCGGGCGCAUAUUCUGCGCGUGUUUCGCGCGACUUGUCCUUGAGUUCUCGGUUUGAUUUCAACGUAUAUAGCUACGAAAGCGAGUGGUCAAUAGGCACGGAAUGGUGGACGCGCCGAGGAAAAAGCAUGUUGGCAUCAUCACCGACAGCUGAAGGUGUAUCUGCGCUUGACACUGUCCCUGCUCAACCAGACUUAUUAGGUGAGGUGCAAGCUGUCGUGAAAGCUCGAGCAUCGACAACAACUGUUGAGUCACCCCUGUAUCCGUUCACCAACUGCAGUGUUAAACAUCCCAUAUAG